AUGGCAAUGAAAAUGGAAGCAUUAUCUUCGUUGCUACUUGUGUCAUUACUCACUGCUUUGCUAGCCCAGUCUAGGCUAGCCAGUGCGCAGUUGCUGCCGAAUCCUCCUUCCAUUCCAGGGGGGCUAUUUCCACCAGGAACUGCGCCGGAUGUACUCAAGUGUUGGUCAUCUCUUACUGGCGUCAACGGAUGUGUUAUGGGAAUUUUUCAGUCUGUUUUCAGCUUGCAAUUCGGAAAGAUUAGUGCCGACUGUUGCAAGGCCUUCGUUGCUGUCGAGGACAGCUGUUUGCCCAAAAUGUUUCCUCUCACUCCUUUCUUCCCUCCCAUGCUCAAGAACAUUUGUGCUCUCCAAGGAAAUCCUGCGCCCCCAGAAAGAAUCUAG